AUGGCCACAGCAGAGAGACGACACGACCUGCACUUAACAACUUCAGGCGUCGCGCUACAUUACACCCCUGCCAGAUACUUCCCACCCUCUAACUUCAAAUCAUUUUUGAAAGAUCCUCUCCCUCUGAAACUGAGAGAAAAGGACACUCUUCAUCCAUACGAUGAGGUUUUUAAUAACUUUGAAACCACUACUGGCUCAACUCAUAAUCUCAAGACCAUCGGAGGGCUGCUUGGCCAUCCACGCCACAUAAAAGUUCCCAAUCACUGGAAUGUUCAUUAUAUGAAGGAUUUGUCAGAAAAGCUGAGCAGGCGAGACUGGAGGACUCCGCUGAAUAUGGUGAACCAAACGAGUGAAAUGAAGGACAAAUACACCGGGAGACUCCCACAAACCCUGGACACUGCAUUUAAGGCUGGACCUCAGCCGUUCAAUCUGGCUAACCAUCACACCAAUGGACCAUCUAAAAAUAUCAUUGCCAGCACGGAGAAUCCAGCCCUGGCUGGCAAGGAGUAUUACGUACGAGACAAAGAUGUUCUGCGACUUAACGACAUUUAUUUAACCACAACCAACAAGGAUUUCAGGGCCUUUAAGAAGGAGGAGUUGGAAGGCUUUCCAAAGAAAGACAUACCAACCUACUGGGAAAUGGAAGACUACCCAAAGACCUGGGGCCAUGGGCUGAAGGAGAAUCCUCUGCCCAAAGACGCCCAGAGGAUUGUCCGUGGUCCUGGCCCGAUGACUGACCCCAGUGUGUUCCGAGCGGCCACGAGAAUUCCUCCUCUCCCCAGGCACCUGCCACCUGUCCCAAAUCGGGGACUCAAGACACAGUAUCAGGAUGUGUACCAACAACCCAAUGAUGUCAAGCGCAAACAGGACCUCUACUACCAGUUUCAGGCCCCAUGGGUGAUGACCCGGGCAGGCUCAACCCCGGAGAUCCUGUCUGUUCCCCACAUGUACAAGACAGAAUAUAUGUCAUAUGGGAAUGAGCGGCCAGUGAUCAUGUAA